ACCUCUGCCUGCGUCCCGAGGCCCCGGUGCACAGAAGAAAACGGGCCAGAAGUAGAAGAAGAAGAAGUCAACAUCUGCUGAGCCAUAACAAGAUUAAGGUUAUGAAACAAUGGAUGACUGACAAAUAAGAAAUAUUGACUUUAGCAACUAUUCCCAGGAGCGCAGCGUCACUUCACUAUUUGACUUCGUUUUCCUCACGCAUUUUUGGCUCGAGAUAUUUUCUGCCUGUUUCUUGGCAAACGGAAACAAUUUUAUGUUUGGAUUUUUCCCCGAAAACUUCAAAUUUUGAGAAGGAUUUUAUAUUUAUUUUGAUUUUUUCCCCCCCAAAAAAACUCCGGUCAUAGACAAGAAUUCUCCUCCAGAGGUUUGAGUUGGGGAUGUUGAGCUCUGUGAAGAUGGAAACCCAUGAUCUACCAGAGUGGAAUACUUUCUACAGCGAGGCCAGUGAGAUGUAUUCCUCUCCCAGCACUAUGAACUCUGGUCUGGGCUCCAUGGGCUCCAUGGGCACCAUCAACAGCUACAUCAACCUGAACCCGGCCACCGCCUCCCCUGCAGGUAUGAACAUGGCGUACCCCAGCUCCAGCCUCAGCAGUUCCCCACUCGCCUCCAUGGGCUCCGGGCCCGGCCACAUGUCCCUCUCCCCGGUGGCCUCGUCCCUCAGCUCGAGCUCUCUCACUCAGCUGGGCCCCGCUGCUCCCGGCGCCCUCGGCUCCUUGUCCCACUACCAGAACAUGGGCCAGUCCAUGAGCCAACUGGGAUACCCCUCCACUGCGACCCUGAGCCGGGCUGGGCCCAAGGAGAUCCCCCCUAAGCCCUACCGGCGCUCCCUGACCCACGCCAAGCCACCGUACUCAUACAUCUCCCUCAUCACCAUGGCGAUCCAGCAGAGCGGCAGCAAGAUGCUCACCCUGAACGAGAUCUACCAGUGGAUCAUGGACCUGUUCCCCUACUACCGUGAGAACCAGCAGCGCUGGCAAAACUCCAUCCGCCACUCGCUCUCCUUCAACGACUGCUUUGUGAAGGUGGCUCGCUCACCAGACAAGCCCGGUAAAGGUUCUUACUGGACUCUGCACCCACAGUCAGGCAACAUGUUUGAGAACGGCUGCUACCUGCGGCGCCAGAAACGCUUCAAGAUCGAGGACAAGAUGGCAAAGAAAGGAGGCAAGAGCCAGGAGGUGGGCUCAGGGAAAGGAGGCCACAGUGAUCACCUGGUGGAGGAUCGCAGCCCCACGGGAGGAUCAGAGGGAGCCGACUCCGCCCACUCAGACAACUCCCACCCGGGCUCUUCAGACGACCAGCCGCUUCCUAGAAACUCCCUGGUUCCACUAGACUGCCCUCAGCUGUCCUCCUCACACCUCCACAGCCCGCCCGUCUCCCUGCCUCCCCCCUCCUCCACCUCAUCCUCCAUCCCUCCAUCGUCCUUGUCCCUCUCCGCCACCUCGUCCUCCAACCAGCUCCUCCACUCCCAGUCUUUAGUGGGUAGCACCCACCUCCUGCCCGGCGCCAUGCAGCAGCACAUGGACCUACAGAGCGACGCCCUCAAGUCCCUGGACCCCCACUACAACUUCAACCACCCCUUCUCCAUCACCAACCUCAUGUCCAACGAGCAGAAGAUGGACCUCAAGUCCUACCAGGACCAGGUGAUGGCCUACAACAGCUACGCCAGUGGCUCUCCUGUGGGAGCCAAGCAGAUCUACGACAGCCCCGGGCCGGCCGCCAUGGACUCAGGUGCUUAUUACCAAACUCUGUACAGCCGCUCGGUGCUCAACGCCUCUUAAUAUGGACACCCACCCACACACACACACACACACACAAACACACACACCUGCCUGUAAUGGUGAGCCAAAAUGGAGACUUCUCUUCCUCUCUGCCUUUACUAAAAUGGACACCCAAGGUCUCUUUAUCUUCUUCUUUCUUCCUCUCUCUCCCUCUCUGGCCCACGUCCAGCGGCCUUGGAAGAGACUCACAUCUAAAAUGGCCGCCAUGUUUGAGGGACCAAAGGACAGUUUUUCUUUCCUUUUACCAGCUGUGAUGAGCACGGAGGCUGGGUUGGUUACACGGAGGACAGAAAAGUGAAGCUGGAUGAUUAAGUGAUGAUGAAGACGUUUGACUCGUCUGUGUGUGUGAGUCAGUGCAGAUGUCAGAUCCCGUCCUUUGCCGGCAAAAUUGGCUUUGUACAAAAUGUAAAUAGAGCUAAUGUUGGGGGGGAAAGGAUAUUUGCAUUUAUUUAUGAAGGGAAUAAAUUUUAAUAUAUCUUGUAUAGCGCUCUGUCGACCAGUUACAACCCAAAUGUGAGGUUUUUUUUUUUUUUUUAAACCAAAGACGGAGAGUUUCAGGUUACUGCUUCAGGCAGGUGUUACUGCAGCGGGAGACAGUUUAGUACAUUUCUUCUUUUUUUGCGUGUGUUACAGCAUUUCACAUUACGUUCCGUCAUUUCUGUCAGAUCAGGCAUCCGUCAAUGUAAAUGUAGCUCAUGAGGUCUGUAAAAAAUAUAUUUGUAGUUUUGUUUGAUAUGAAGUUUAAAAAAAAAAAAAGGCAUUUGGUCCUCGCUGCAGCACAGAGGACACAGACAUUAAAAAAAAUCUUCUGAGGCCAAAAAGAAAGAGACAAAGUAACUGUGGUAAAAAAAAAAAAAAAAAAAAAACUAAAAAGAAAAAAAGCAUAUUGUGUUUCUAUUUUUCAUGGCCCCAAAUCAUUUCCUGUUGUUACCUAAAUAAGAGCAUUAAAAUGAAAUGCUUUUCCACAGACUGUAACAUGACUGGCAGACAGCUGCGGUGCAUAGGGGAGUUCAGUCAAUGACUAAAACAGUGGAAAGGGAGGAGAGAUGCACUAUGGGAGGAUUUACAUACAGUACUUUGCACUAUGGAGCUCCCAUUGGUCAGGUGGGCUGAUAGUGUGUGUGUUACAACAAUACUUAGGAACCCCCCCCCUACACUGUCAAUGCAUCAGCUCAAUGGGAUCAGUGUAUCAAUGUCAAAGGGUGUCAAAUAACCCCUCGCUCCUUUUCUUCAAAUGACUGCUGAUCUGAUAAGAGAUCAGUGUAUCAAUAAUGUUUUGAAGGAUUAUUCUGAUGAACAGCAGAGGACGCAGAAGUUUCAGGUCACAUGACGUCCUCUGUGGAGCUUAUAUUAUAGUUUCAAAGAGAAAUGUCUUUUAUUUAAGCUAUGUUCCUUUUCAAAACCUUGAAAGUGUGCUGAUAUAAUAUAUUGUUUUUUGUUGUUGUUGGUUUAAAUGUGAUUAAAAUGAUUCAUGUUUCAUUUUUCUUAUUAAAAAGGCAAAAAAUGUGGGAAGAAA